AUGCGUAAGGGCGCUCCGAGCCAACCGUUGGCACAGCAGACCACCUUCGGAUGUAUCUUGUCGGGAGUCGUGUGCGCUGCCGGCAACAGUGAUAGCGCGACGACGUUACAGUGCACUGUCGGCGAGGAUCUAAACACCGUAGUAAGGCGGUUCUGGGAACAGGAGGAGCUGUCUGAACCAUCAGGGAUCCUGUCUAGGGAGGAGCAACAGUGUGAGGAAAUCUUCGUGCGUACGCGCGGCGCUGACGGACGAUACCUGGUGCGCCUUCCUGUGGUUGGCCUCUUGCCAGACUUUGCUAGCUCCCACCGCGUGGCCUUGCGAUGUCUGAAUCACAUGGAGAAGCGCUUUCAGAGGGAUCCAACGUUGCAAAAGCAGUAUCAGGGGUUCAUGCGGGAGUAUGAGUCGCUCGGGCACAUGAUACCCGCUGAACCGCUCGUCGAGGGUCAACGAGGCUGCUUUCUUCCGCACCACGGAGUGUUUAAGGCCUCCAGCAUCACCAAGUUGAGGGUCGUCUUCAACGGUUCGUCACCGGUAACCAAUGGAGACACUCUCAAUUGCCACUUGAGCGUCGGAGCGAACUUGCUACCUGCGAUUUCCGACAUCCUGACCAGGUGGAGAAGGCACAAGUACGUCAUAGUAGCCGACAUUGAGAAAAUGUACCAGCAAAUCCUGGUGCAUCCGGAGGAUCAAGACUUGCAACGCAUCCUGUGGAGAAACAGCCCGGGUGAGCCGGCGCAGGAAUACAAACUGACUACAGUCACAUAUGGGUUAUCUUGUGCUCCUUACCUCGCUAUGCGAACACUGCAACAACUGGCCGAAGACGAGAGAGCGAACUUUCCAUUGGGGGCAGCCGCUCUUAGGGAGGACUCGUACGUGGACGACGUCCUGACGGGUGCGGACUCUUUGGAGGAUAGCAUCAGCAUCCGCAGAAAACUAACUCAGCUAUGCAUGGCGGGCGGAUUCCCAUUGCGGAAAUGGGCGGCUAAUUGCGAGGAUCUUCUUCAGGGAGUCCCUUCAGAACAUAGAGCGCAACCGCUGCCUCACACGCUGGAAUCACUCGGAGAUCAGGGUACCCUGGGCUUGCGUUGGCAUCCGCAAACGGAUGAAUUCUCGUUCGUCGUCCGAAGCGAAAAACUGGGACCAAUCACGAAGCGCUUCAUUCUAUCGCAGACAGCCAAGCUCUACGAUCCGCUCGGAUGGCUUGCUCCCGUGGUGGUCCGUGCUAAAAUUAUGUUUCAGACGAUUUGGCUGCGCCAUCUUGAUUGGGAUCAACCUCUUGAAGAAACUGACGCCGCGGCGUGCAGCAGCUUCAGGAAGGCCUGCCGCAACUGGAGCGGCCUGGAUGACUACGGAAGAGUCUCGACGUCUUUGAUUGCAUCGAAGACAAAAGUCGCGCCUAUCAAGCAGGUGUCAUUGCCUCGACUGGAGCUGUGCGCGGCUGCGCUGUUGACCCGGUUAGCUUUUCAUUUCAGGGCACUUCUGAGCAUUCCAGUAGAAGACGUGCAUCUGUGGACGGAUUCUAUGGUCACAUUGAGUUGGAUUCAAGGACAUCCCGUUUGCUGGAAGACAUACGUGGCUAAUUGCGUUUCAGAAAUUCAACGGACAUUACCUGAGGCCCGAUGGCAUCACGUUAAGGGCGUCGAGAAUCCAGCAGAUUGCGCUUUCAGGGGAUUGACUCCUGGAGAACUUCUCAAGCACGAGCUGUGGUGGCAGGGUCCUUCCUGGCUGACGACAUCAAGCGCCAACUGGACAGCGGAGCCCACGUGUCGGCCAAUGAACGAACCACCGGGAGCUAGGUCAACCAUUCACGCUGUCAAGGCAAGAACAGACGCUGAAACGCAGGAGCUCACACAAUUCUCGUCAUUGCAUCGGCUGUUGAGGGUCACUGCGUGGUGUCUCCGAUGGCUGAAAGCAGGUUGUGGGCGGUGUGGAGAGCCGCCGUCGACGUUGGAAAUUAGAGAGGCUCAUGCACGAUGGAUCACCAUCGUCCAAGGGCAGGCCUACCCCACGGAGAUGAGGCUACUAAGAGAAAACAGAGCCGGCGACGUCCGGGGUCCGCUCAGCAAAUUGACGCCUUUCAUCGAUGCGGAUGGAAAGGUCAGGGUUGACGGUCGGCUGAAGCACUCUCUUCUUAGCUUCAAUGAGAAGCACCCGGUGAUACUUCUGCAUGACUUCACCGCCCUGUGCGUAAUUGUCUGUCAUCGUCGAACACUCCACGGGAAAGUGCAACUGACCUUGAGAUUGUUAAGGCAACAGUUCUGGAUACCACGCGGUAGAAUGGUGGUCAAGCAACGCAUUCGCAAGUGCAUCACAUGUACGCGAUGGCAAGCGGCUUUUCCACAACCGUUGAUGGGCAACUUGCCGACGAGCCGGGUCACUCCUGGACGACCCUUUCUGGACACUGGAGUGGACUACGCAGGGCCAGUGCCGAUGCGCACUUCCCCAGGUCGUGGACAGCGAGGUCGCAAGGGAUUCAUCGCAGUCUUCAUCUGCCUCGCCACGCGAGCAGUCCAUCUCGAGGCAGUGUCGGACUGUCUUACGGAUGGAUUCCUGGCAGCAUUUCGACGGUUCGUGUCCCGGCGGGGCAUGUGCAGAACAAUGCACAGCGACUGCGGCACGAAUUUUGUUAGAGCCGAUGCCCAGCUACGAAACAUGUUUUGGGCUACCAGUGUCGAGGCACGCCACAUAGCAGAGAGGGUCGCCCACGAGGGAGUGGAGUGGUGA